ACAGAACACUGUAGCAUCACAUUACUACUAUCACACAUCACUAGAAAACAAUCCAAACCACAAUUGCAGCAACACUAUUACCACUAACAGCGAUCAUACACUACUAUUAAACUAAAAAGAGAAAAAAAAACACUAACAGCGAUGCAAAUGCAAGAGAAGCUGCCAUCUCCUUCCUGAAAAGUCGUGCUUAAUUAGUGGGACGGGUGACGAGCAAAUCACUCCAAACCUUGCUUCUCCUCCUCCUCCUCCUCCUCCCCCAUCUCCGGCGCCGCGCGCCGCCGCCCGGAGGAGAGCUUCUCGCCGGUGCUGCUACUGCUACUAAUCCCCACACCCACCUGCUCUCAGCUCAGCUCAGCUCAGCUUCCCAGCUCGGCGAAGAAGAUGAAGACGAGGAGCUCGGGGAGGGGAGGAGGGGAGCCGAGGAGGAGGCUGAGGAAUGCGGCUGUCAUGGCGCUCAUGCUCUCCUCCCUCGUCGCUCUCUCCCUCGUCCGCGCCAGGUUCUCCCCCAUCGCUAGUGAUGGAGGCGAGGCCCUCAAGCUCAAGGCCGACGAAUCCAAGCUCGUCGUCACCACCAAUCACGCCGUCGUCAACACCGAAUCCGGCGACUCCUCCUCCUCCUCGUCGUCGGCGGCUGCGGAGGAGGAGGAGGAGGUCGCCGCUCCGGCGAAGCCCGCCGCCGCCGGCGGCGGCGGGGCCAGGCCGGUGUGCUACGAGACGAGCCGCCGCUCCGACACCUGCGAGGCCGCCGGCGACGUGCGCGUGGUGGGGGGCAGCCAGACCGUCUACGCCGACACGCUUGACCGCGAGUGGAAGACGAAGCCCUACUGCCGUAAGCACGACGCGUUCGCGCUGUCCCACGUCAAGGAGUGGACGCUCAGGCCGCUCCCCUCCGGCGAUGGCGGUGGCGGUGGCGCGGCGGUGGCGCCGAGGUGCACGACGAACAGCACGGCCACGGCGUUCGUGCUGUCGACCGGCGGGUUCACGGGGAACCCGUUCCACGACUACACCGACGUGCUCAUCCCGGCGUUCAUCACCGCGCACCGGUUCGGCGGCGAGGUGCAGUUCCUGGUGAGCAGCUACAAGUCGUGGUGGAUGAACAAGUACAUCCAGAUCUUCCAGCAGAUGAGCCGGCACGACGUGGUGGACGUCGACGCUGACGGCGACGAGGUGAGGUGCUACCGGAGCGCGGUGGUCGGGCCGGAGUUCCACAGGGAGCUCGGCGUCGACCCAACCAAGACGCCGUCGGGCUACUCGGUGCUCGACUUCCGCAAGAUGCUCCGCGGCGCGUUCGGGCUGGACCGCGCCACAGCGACGCCGAGCGGCGACCGGUGGGACAUCCGCCGCCGACCCCGCCUCCUGAUCAUCUCCCGCCGCGCCGCCCGUGGCCGCGCGUUCAUGAACGAGCGCGCCAUGGCGGACAUGGCGGCGAGCCUGGGCUUCGACGUGCGUGUCGGGGAGCCCGACGCGUCCACGGACACCUCCAAGUUUGCUCGCCUCGUCAACUCCUGCGAUGUCAUGGUGGGAGUGCACGGCGCCGGGCUCACCAACAUGGUGUUCCUACCCGCCGGCGCCGUGCUGGUGCAGGUGGUGCCAUACGGCAAGCUGGAGUGGCUGGCCCGGAACACCUUCGCUGAGCCGUCGUCCGCCAUGGAGAUCCACUACCUGGAGUACGCCGUGCAGCUUGACGAGACAACGCUGAGCGAGCAGUACCCCGCCGAUCACCCAGUGCUGCGAGACCCUAUGGCCAUCCACAAGCAAGGCUGGGAAGCUCUCAAGACCACUUACCUCGACAAGCAGAAUGUCCGGCCGCAUCUCGGCCGCCUCAAGAACACCUUCCUCCAGGCCCUCAAGCUGCUGCCCCAUGACAAGGAAACCAUGAAUUAGCUUAGCUCAUCAGAACUGUUGAUCGUCAUGGAUUGUCAUCGGCACCGUCAUCGCCAUCGCCAUGCCAUCGUCAUGGUGACUUGAAUUUGUGGUAUAAAUAGAUAGAUAGGUAGCUAAUUUUUUUUCUUUUUUCAAAAUUAUUAGUAUUUUGUAUUGAUCCCUAGCAAGUUGCCAAGAUCAGGUAUAAUCAGUAGCUUAUCUGAAAUAAUCCGUUGCAACGCACGGGUAUUUGGCAAUGUCUAUAGAAACAAUGGUGAUAUUGUUUGUAUGCACCAUAUUUCUUAACAUAUCAAGUAAGCCAAAUUAUCUUAUACUAGCAGAAACCCAUAUUUUCAUGGAUUUCUUCCAAAA